AAGAAAGAAGAAGAUACUUAAAGAAUUUAAACCAUGAGCUACACUUUCUUCCUUCUUUUGCUCACUCUCAUCCACUCUACUUUCUAUUCAUUAGCUCGUAUGGACCGAGCCGAUCUUAAAUCCAUCAGAGACUCUUUAACCGACAUGCCAGGCUCAGCCUUCUUCUCCACUUGGGACUUCAUAGUCCCUGACCCUUGGUCAUCCUUCUCUAGUCUCACUUGCACUUCUCUAGGCCGCCUCACCGCCUUAACUCUUGGCCCCAAUCUCUCCGGUUCGCUAUCUCCUUCUAUCUCCAAACUAGCCCAUUUGACCCAAAUCGUUAUCAACCCUGGUUUAGUCACCGGUCCUCUCCCUUCUCGGUUCGAUCUCCUCCCUCUCCUUAUACUAAUCUCCUUGACUAGAAACAGCUUAACCGGUCCUAUACCCAAUUCUUUAUCAUCUCUCUCAAACCUCCACAGUCUUGACCUUAGCUAUAACCAACUCUCAGGCUCUCUUCCUCCUUUUCUUACUACACUUCCUCGUCUCAGAGUCCUUGUUUUAGCCUCAAACAACAUCGUAUAUAUACUAGAUUGUUUUCUUUUUGGACAAAAAAGAUAUAAUAGGAUAUAAAUGGUGACGGAGGGAAUUAAAAUGA